AUGUUCGGCUUCGGCACUUACACCCUCGCGCUCGGCCGCAACCAACACAACUGGUUCCUAGUCCUCAUAUACCCCAGCGAGAGCAAAGUCGUCGAGAUCGCCGUAAACGCAAGCCCGACCGGCGAGUACCAGAUGAACAUGGUCGAAGUCCCCAGCCAUGACUGGCAUCUGCUGCGCCGGAACAUCCGAUUCCAGACCGUCGCGAGACUCAGUCCCAACGAGCUCGCCACCUGUCUUGUACCCUGCUUCGAUCAGACCGAGCCCGGACCCCAACGGUUUUACAUUAUCCGCUUACUGCGCCGUCUCGCGAGCGCGCCGUAUGGGAUUGGGAGCUUGAGGCUUGUUGAUGAGAUUCAGAGGGCUGUGGGGGGUGCGGCCGGGUAG